GUCAGCGCGAAGCGGGCGCAGCUCUGGUGUCAGUCUAAAAACGAUAUACCCUAUUUUGAGGUGUCCGCGAAGGAAGCUAUAAAUGUCGAGCAGGCGUUUCAGACCAUCGCUCGAAACGCUCUGCAGCGAGAGAGCCAAGAAAGUCCAGACCUUUACAACGACUUCCCGGAUCAAAUCCGUCUGAACGCGCACGUGAAUCCGAGCCAGCAGUCCAGUUCAUGCAACUGUUAG